AGUUAUACACGUGUGGAGUCUAACGAAUCAGCGAGUCUGGAAUUUCCUAGUUCCGACUAGCACGUAAACGCGGCAUGAGUAGGAGCGGUUUACCCCAUGCUACCUGGACGGUGACACAUUGGUAUGAAUCACAUCGUUGACCUGCUACCCUACAGAGUCGCAGUGACUCGACGAAAUUGUGCUCCGGGAAGAAACUGUCGAUACUUGUUUUGGUUCCAUCGUGCUCCUUUACGAGUCGAAAGACCUUGACUAAAGUAUGUCCUGUACAUGUACAUCGGCCGUGAGGAUAUUCUUGAAUUCAGCACACAGAGGACUGUCUUGUUCUCGUAUUCAACUCUAUGCUUUGAGCAGACCUAGUUCUUGUGAAGCUCACCUACCUCCCAGAGUCCGAGUGAGGUCCUUCCAUGAAACGGCAGUAUGUUUCGUUGCUAAAGAUGGAACAACCAAGGAUGGAUCCAACGAUGGUGGAAAGAAGAACCUCGGUGAAGCAAAGAGACUUUCGGGCUCUUCUGGUGGAUCAGGGAAGGGGGGUAACCAGCUGCACUGUCCCAAAUGUGGAGACCCUUGUACACAUGUGGAGACCUUUGUAUCGUCAACACGUUUUGUGAAGUGUGAGAAAUGCCAUCACUUUUUCGUGGUGCUCUCUGAGACGGACUCUAAGAAGGGUCUGAAUACAGAAGCAGAGUCGCCCCCUGAGGCUGUAAAAAUGGCCUUCACACAGAAACCUCCCCCGCCACCCAAAAAGAUCUAUGCCUACCUGGACAAGUACGUAGUGGGUCAGUCCUAUGCUAAGAAGGUGCUGGCCGUAGCUGUGUAUAAUCACUACAAGAGAAUCUACAACAACAUGCCUGCUGGGAGCAGACAGGUGGAGGUGGAGAAACAGGCCUCGCUCACUCCACGAGAGCUAGAGAUGAGAAGGCGGGAGGAUGAGUACAGAUUCACCAAACUCCUUCAGAUAGCAGGGAUCAGUCCCCAUGGCAACGCUCUGGGAGCCUCCAUGCAGCAGCAAGCCACUCGGCAGGCUCCUCAGGAGAAGAGGGGCGGGGACGUGUUAGACUCUACUCACACUGACAUCAAACUGGAGAAGAGCAACAUCGUACUGUUAGGCCCAACCGGAUCAGGCAAGACAUUGUUGGCUCAGACCCUGGCCAAGUGUCUAGAUGUACCUUUUGCCAUCUGUGAUUGUACCACCCUGACCCAGGCUGGCUAUGUGGGGGAGGACAUUGAGUCUGUUAUCGCCAAGCUGCUGCAGGAUGCCAACUACUCUGUGGAUAAAGCACAGCAAGGCAUUGUGUUUCUGGAUGAGGUGGAUAAGAUCGGCAGCGUUCCUGGAAUCCACCAGCUCAGAGACGUAGGAGGAGAAGGUGUACAGCAGGGUCUGCUGAAACUCCUGGAGGGCACGAUCGUGAGCGUUCCAGAGAAGAACUCCAGGAAGUUGAGAGGAGAGACGGUGCAGGUGGACACCACUAACAUCCUGUUCGUAGCGUCAGGAGCCUUCAACGGACUCGACAGAAUCGUCAGCAGACGAAAGAAUGAAAAGUACCUAGGCUUUGGCACACCAUCCAACAUGGGUAAGGGUCGCCGUGCGGCGGCGGCAGCCGACCAAGCUAACAGCAGUGAACAGACGGACAUGGUGGCAGAGAUGGAGGAGAAGGACCGGCUGCUGAAGCUCGUGGAGGCCCGGGACCUCAUUGAGUUUGGGAUGAUUCCGGAGUUUGUGGGGCGUCUGCCUGUGGUGGUGCCUCUGCACAGUCUGGAUGAAAAAACUCUGGUCCGUAUCCUGACAGAACCACGCAAUGCUGUCAUACCCCAGUACCAGGCUCUGUUCAGCAUGGACAAGUGUGAACUGAAUGUAACCCCGGAUGCUCUGAGGGCCAUCGCCAAGCUGGCUCUGGACAGGAAGACAGGAGCCCGAGGCCUGAGGUCCAUCAUGGAGAAGCUUCUUCUGGAGCCAAUGUUCGAGGUGCCCUGUUCAGACAUUAUGUCUGUGGAGUUAACCAAGGACGUCGUCCAGGGCAAAUCAGAACCACAAUACGUCAGGGCUCCAGUGAAAGAGGCAGCAGAGGAGGACUAUGACUCUGGUAUUGAAGAGGAGAACUGGCCCAGACAGGUGGACGCAGCAGCAGCUAACUGAUCUGAUCCACCUUGACCUUUUAUACAUUUACAUUACACUUAAGUCAUUUAGCAGACGCUCUUAUCCAGAGCGACUUACAAAUUGGUGCAUUCACCUUAUGAUCUGAAACUCAUUUUCAAGAACUGCUACAGAAUUUACACACAGUGUAAUCUAGAAUCAUUAGAACACCUUCUAGAACCUUUUUUGGAAGCCAGUUGUGGGUUCCUCGAGUUCUAAGACCCUGUGGUCCACUACUACAACACGGUGAAACCGUUUCUUGACCUUUCUCUCUCAAAGUGUUUUCAUAAGGAACAACUAGGAUGUGAGAUCUGUAAAUACCUGUUGGUCCUGUGAAUCAAGUGGUACUUGUUUAGUUAUGAAUUGAAGGGUCACUAACAACGUGGACUUUUUCUUUUAUAGUGUAUAUAUAUUUUCCAUCUUUGGGGAUUGCCCUUUAUCUAUCUUAAGAUAAUGCAAUUUCUAUUCUAAAUGAUUUUAAGUAGGUGUUUGUGUUCUUUCCUGUUGUGUUGGGAUGAUGGCAGGUUGAAGUGGCAAAGGAAACACAUAUAACACGAAUGGGAUCAGCCAGGGAAACAAAUAUAACGUGAAUGGGAUCAGUCAGGGAAACAAAUAUAAUAUGAAUGGGAUCAGCCAGGGAAACAUAACGUGAAUGGGAUCAGCCAGGGAAACAUAACAUGAAUGGGAUCAGCCAGGGAAACAUAACAUGAAUGGGAUCAGCCAGGGAAAUAUAACGUGAAUGGGAUCAGCCAGGGAAACACAUAUAACGUGAAUGGGAUCAGCCAGGGAAACACAUAUAACGUGAAUGGGAUCAGCCAGGGAAACACAUAUAACGUGAAUGGGAUCAGCCAGGGAAACACAUAUAACGUGAAUGGGAUCAGCCAGGGAAACACAACAUGAAUGGGAUCAGCCAGGGAAACAUAACAUGAAUGGGAUCAGCCAUUCAUGGGGGGGGGGGGGCUCACAUUGUUGAACUUAUGUUAUUGAUUACAUUGUGUCAGGAAAGCUUAAUCUAGUCCGGUAGUUUUUGAACCCAUGUCUGGUCACCGGAGCACAAUAUUCCAUGAUGAGCACAUCAUGAUUGUUUUUCUAUGGCGUUUAAAUUACUGCAACAACAAACAAAAAAACAUUCUGGCACUAAUUUAACUCCAUAUCUCCUCGUAUCCACCAUGGUACUAACGGGUGUGUUCAUAAUGAACACAACUGUGCUGUCGAUGUUUAAACAUUAAACAUCAGGGCUGCUUAGUUAAUGUUCAUGACCUUGUAUGACAGGAACACGCCUGUAAAGUGAUUAGGAAAACACAUAUCAGUGUACUACCCGCUACACCGGCACACUGAACAGUACGGGCUGUUACGGUCCAAAAUGGUACCCUAUUCUUCUAGGGCCAAUGGUCAAAAAAAGUGCACUAUAUAGGGAAUAUGGUUCUAUAGGGCGUCUGGUCAAAAGUAGUGCACUAUAUAGGGAAUAGGGUUCUAUUGAGCCCUGGUCUAAAGUAGUACACUAUAUAGAGAAUAGGGUGCCAUUUCAGAUGCUGAAUGUUUGAUGCUAGUAGUGACAUUAAAAAAAAACAGUCAAGAAUGGUUAUUUUGCAUGUCUACUCUCUCUAACCUCACAGGAUUACCGUUGGAUCAAUUUCAAGUAAGGCAAAAGGGCCGGAAUUCAAAACAAAUGGGUUUGUGCUGUUGAUCCAGGUCCCACUUGUCCAUAUAAUAGAAUUCAAUACGAUCUAAAAGGCUACACUGAUCCUAGAUCAGCCGUCUUUCUCUGAGACUUGUGAACACGGGCAAAGUUCUCUGAAUAUGGUUUUUCCUUUGCUCUGGGUCGGGCUUUACAAACCCCACCCCCCACCUCACCUUUGUAGUUAUGCUUCAGUAUGUCACGUUACUAAAAACAAUGAAGUCUUUACUACUUCUGUUCACACUGAGCAAUGCUGUUCAACAUCCUCGUAGUGCUGUAUGUGCACUAAUAGUAAUGACAUUAGAUUAACAUUCAUCAGGUUUCUACCUUGUUUGUGUUUGCUUUCAGUCCCCCCCCCCCCCCAGUCAAUGCUCUUCUCAAAGCUAAAUGAUAACAUUUAAAACACCCCAGUUGUGAUUGUUUUAAAUAUCAUAAAUAAAAUGUAUGUCUCUCUUACUGUCAA